UUCUUAGCAAAGUGCUUGAUUCGUUCGUGCUCAAGCUCGAGUCGUCGUUAUUGUUGUUGUAUCUGGCAGUACUGUGACGGUUCAAAGUGUGCCAACAACCUUGUUGUUGUUCGUAAUGGCCUAAACCGUUGCUCACGACAAUGGGACAGCCUCAACAGUUCCACACUCGGUCUUGUUCCAGACCAUAUUCCUUUCUUUCUCUUUCCAUCUUUCCUUCAUUCCUUGCAUGGAACGAAAGUAAAAGUGCUCGAGUCAAUCUAGUUCAGUGGGUCCAUUUUUGAGAUUCGGACGACAAGGAGGUGUGGAGGAGGAGGAGGACGAGGAGGAGGAGCUUUUCAGGUUUUGGCCAUUUCAUCGAGCUAAUUGCAUUAAUUGCUUCAAGAAUGUGCGCUGCUCCUCGAUUCAGUGGUUCGGCUUCCGUUGAAUGUGGGCUGGUUGGUUCCCUUGUCUUGUCAGACUAAUGAGAGCUGAAAAAGGACUGAAUCAUCGUCACUCGUUCGGUAGUUUACCACGUCCAAGGGGACCUUAAGAAAGUGCUGAGGUAUUGUCUCAGGCUAUGAUCGCACCCACCAUCACCCACCACCAACCACUCUCGUCCAGCAAAUGCCAAGGAAGGAAGACGAUAGUGGUGGUUGUGAAGAUGAUGAUGAUGAUGACCAAAACGAGUGGAUGGAACUUACUCUAGAGUCGAGGAGAAUCCCAUGAAAAUCGUCGCGAUUUUUCCUCGUUCAAAUCCCUUGGAGCGACAAAUACUUACACCACCACACAGGUGGAGGAGCCACGUGGGGAGAACAGCAAUGUCGAUGUUUUCGUCUGGUUUGGGCAAAAUCCACAGAUCUCGGGUUAUGGAGCCGACCAACCCCAACACAAUUCACAUCAGUCUUUAUCGGGCGGACAACCAUCGUGAAUUGACCUACCGAGGAGAAUGUUCGAAGCCCCUCUUCUCUUCUUGUUCAUCCUCGUGGUCCAAUUCCCAGCCCCACGGUUGGGGGACCCGUUAUUACCGAAAUGGGUCAAUCUAUGAGGGACAGUGGUUGGACGGCAUUCGCGAAGGCUACGGCCAACUUCGCGUCCGACACAAAGCCUGUGCCACAGCUUUGCCUCAUCCCGACGAUGAGCCACUUUAUGCAGGUCAAUGGCAACGAAACAAGCGGCACGGUUACGGGGUCCAAUUCUAUUCGCGUCAGGAAUGGUAUGAGGGUUUGUGGCAUCUGGGUCACCGCCAUGGUUGGGGCAGAAUGCGAUACAAGAACGGAGAUGAAUACGAAGGGGGAUGGCAACAUGGAAAACGCGAUGGGGCAGGUCUGUGCUUGUAUAGCAAUGGCGAUCAAUUCGAAGGGGUUUGGCGGAAUGAUGUGAAACAAGGCACCGGGAAAUAUCUUUUCCAUCAAUCUAAAAGACUCCUUCAAGGUGUAUGGCAUGAAGAUGUGUUCAAAUCUGGUUUAUUAUCUGGCAAAUAAAUGCAUCAA